GAGAAGUGCAAGCAGUUAUGUCAUUACAAGGUAUGGGCUUUUUUCGCGGAAUGUAUUUUCAGCUGCACGGGAGAUGAUAAGUACUGGACCUACCGCACAAGAUGUGCAUUCUUCGCGCCAUGCCGUGCAGGAACCUUUAACGCACGCAAUAUCCCCUAAUGGUGGAGUCAUUCAUCACAAAUAUGAAUCGGAUGUGCCUUGUGCUUCCUCUUUAUUAAAUAUACCCCGUCCAACCAAUUUCUUGCGUCCAGCGGAAUCGGUUACCUUAGAGGAAAUUCUGCGUGACGUGGCUCUGGACGGAAACUUCACUUUGACCCAGAUUAACAUCCUUUUGCGCAAUCUUCGGCGCCUAUAUCCUAACUUACCGGUUGACGCUCGUAGCAUUUUGAAAACACCCCGUCGGUGUCCAGUGAGAUUAAUCAGAGGUGGCAG